UUCCCGAUGGAUGCACACGCCUGUCCUCUGAAAUUUGGAAGUUAUGCUUACACCAAUAACGAGGUGAUCUACCUGUGGACCCAGGGAGACGAGAGAUCCGUUGCUGUUGCAGAGGAUGGCUCCAGGCUGAACCAGUAUGACUUACUGGGACACGUUAUUGGCAAAGAAACCAUCAGUUCCAGCACAGGAGAAUAUGUAGUGAUGACAACAUAUUUCCAUUUGAAAAGGAAAAUUGGCUAUUUUGUGAUUCAAACCUACCUCCCCUGCAUCAUGACUGUCAUACUGUCUCAAGUCUCCUUCUGGCUAAACAGAGAAUCGGUUCCUGCUCGCACUGUAUUUG